UCUUUAGUCGUCGCCUUUUCCCCUUUCCAUCAAAACCCUAAAGGUAUUCCAUCCAAUUCGACGGAAUUUUGGUGUUUGUCCGUUGAGAAAUGUCUUUCAACAUCAACCGGUUCAAUCCUCAAUCAGCCGCCGAGAAAGCGGUUUCAGUUAUCGGCUUCGGCUACGAUCUCUGUAACGAUUUGCGAUUGUCUUCUUGCAAGCCGGGUCCAUCAGGGUCUAAGCUGAUCGUUAUCGACUUCACUCGAAGUAGAGACCUUGUACUUCCGGCCGGCGUUGUCGUCCCUAAUGUUCCUACUUCCAUCAACUGUGAUAAAGGCGAGCGUACCCGAUUCCGGUCGGAUGUCAUCUCCUUCAAUCAGAUGUCGGAGCUGUUUAAUCAGCAAUUAUCUCUAUCUGGGAAAAUUCCGUGGGGUUCUUUAACACCAUGUUUGGAUUAAAGGGUUGUUGGCAAAACGAUGCAGGUUCCACAAGAAGUCUUGCAUUUGAUGGUUGUUUCAUUACACUUUAUAACAUUGAGUUGGAAAAAUCUCAUAUAACUCUCUCUGAGCAAGUCAAAAGGGAGGUUCCUUCUUCAUGGGAUCCUGCUGCCCUUGCAGAGUAUGUUUCUUUUGUUUCUGUUUUUUGUCUUUUCUUUAGUAGAAUUCUAGACAUUUGGAUGUUUGUCUGUCUGGACUGAAAGUCUCU